UAUAUAAUCAGUGUAAAAAAAUAUAUCAUAAAAUAUAAUCAAAAUAAAUUUGGCGACAUUUAAAUGGAAAUUGGAGAUCUUGUUAUACUUGAGAAAUAUAAGAGAAUAAUAAUCGACAUAAUAAUUGAACAAUUUUCGUUUGUUCUAAAAAUUGAAAAGACUUUCGUGAUUGAUGAAAUCUAAAAUAUAAUAUAAUAAGUUUAUAAUAAAAUUCAGAGUGAACAUUUUGUGAAAUUGGUGACGAAUUAAAAAAAGACUUGAUAACAGUGAUAACCUGGCAUCAUGCUUGGUGGAUACGAGGCACAAACAGAAUAUUAUCCGCAGUGGCAUCAGCCAUACAAUUAUGUCACUCAGCUUCCUUACGGACCCUUGACUUCGGUUCCCGACGCCGACAGCCAAUCGACGUACUGGGGCGCGGAUUCCGGCACCUCGGGAAACAGCUCGGGGGCAGGUAGCUCCACCGCGUCGACGCCGCCUCUGAUCGAGGAAAUCGGCAUCCAGGAGACGAGCUACUCGCCGUUGCAGCCAUACGCGACACCCAGCCAGCACUACCCUACUCUACCCUACCCCCAGGGGCAGCAGGAAACGUCACCCCAUCAUCAUCAUCAUCACCUGCACCAUCACCAUCACCAUCAACCGGGUCACCGACGCGAGCACGAGUUCGCGAGUGCCCAGAUCGGUCAGCAGGUUGUCAGCGGAGUGGUCGGCACCCUCCAGCAACACCUUCAUCAGGGAAUUCGCGAUGCGAGCGGUGCGCCACCUGUCAGACCGAAAAGGCGAAACACCGCGAACAAGAAGGAGCGACGUCGCACGCAGAGCAUAAAUAACGCCUUCUCCGACCUAAGGGAUUGCAUUCCCAAUGUCCCAGCGGACACGAAAUUGUCGAAAAUCAAAACCUUGAGGCUAGCAGCGUCUUACAUCGGAUAUCUGAUGGCGGUCUUGGAGAGCGACGAGGGAGAAGAACCGCAGACCUUUAGAGCGGAAAUUCUCUCGAACGGCAGGAGAAAUAAAGCGAAUCAACUCAAUCAGAAUGAAUCGUGUUUGCAAUCUGUCCCGAAUCUCGGCCACGAAGAAUCGACGAAGAGCAAAGGACGAACUGGUUGGCCCCAACACAUGUGGGCCCUCGAAUUGAAGCAAGAAUCACCGACCAGCCAGAUGCAAUAAAAUACAGCGAAGACACUCUUGUCAAAACAUAUCCACGAUAUUCGCAAAAUAUCGUUCGAAACGAGCGUUAUUUUUUGCGCCUGACGCUUUUUACGAUUGGAAAAAAAUACGAGUCGCGAUUUAAUGAUGCAUCUUUCAGACAUCUCAUGGAACAUCUAAGCGAGAAAUAUGAAGUUAUAAGGACUCAUAAUAUCUUGAAUAAAAUAAUAUUUUAAAUGAAGCAAUCAUCUAUAAAAUCUCAGAUUUUUUAAAAAAAAGUUAACCAAUUGCGAAAUGUAUAAUUAAUAAGUAAAAAAUUAGAAUCGUUUGUAUAUAACGCGUUCGUAAUUAUUGUGCCUGUACAUAGAAUUUUGUUCCUUCUGUAGCGAUCGAUGUCUAUACUUUGAACCAAAGAAUAUUAUUUUAUUGACGAAUAAUAAGCCUCAAAUGUGAUUGAGUUAUAAUAUCAAUAAGAUCAUAAUUUUGAUGCGAAAAAGAUUAGAUUUAAGAAUCUCUGUAAAGUUUUGUAUAAAGUAUUAUUAUGAGAGAAAAAAAUGUAUAAAAUGUCGCUAGCAAUAAACAAUGUAUUAUAAUAAAGCACAACUUGCCUUA